AUGAGUAAAAUCGCGACGCCAAUUUUCGCGUCGUCGUCUUCGAUGCAAAUGCGCUCGGUGCGAACCGUUGCGAACGCGACGUUGUCCAAAUCAUUCGUCGGUUCCGCGCAGCGUUCUUUUAUGAACGUGAAUGCGUUUAACCAGCGAGGUUUGUUGAUGUCCACGGAAGCGUACGACGCGGAAUCUCCGGCGGCGGAAUCGGAAUCCAGUGGCGGCGAAGUGAAAUUGUACAUCGGCAAUCUCUCCUGGGACAUGGACGAUCAAGCGUUGAACGAUUUAUUCUCGCAAUACCAAGCGAGCGAUUGCGUGAUUGUGACGGACCGAAACACCGGGAGAUCCCGCGGGUUUGGUUUUGCCACGGUGCCGUCGCAAGAGAUGGCGGACAGCGCGAUUGCUGCGUUGAACGAUUCGGACCAGUUCGGGAGACAAAUGAGAGUCGUCAUUUCUUUACCGCCGGAGGAAAGACCGGCGAGAGAGCAAAGACCGAAAAGGAACUGGGACGCGGACGGAAGAAAAGUUUACUUCGGUAACUUGUCUUGGGGGAUGGACCACUUAGACUUGCAAGACUUGUGCGCUGAGUUUGGUAACGUCGACGAGUCGAGACUGAUCACCGACCGCGAAACCGGGAGAUCCAGAGGCUUCGGUUUCGUGACCAUGAGUUCGGAAAAAGAAGCGGAAGAUGUCGUUGCGCAAUUGAACGGUCAAGACGUUGACGGGAGAGUUUUGAGAGUUAACAUUGCCACGUCGAACAAAGACGGGGGUGGCGGCGGCGGCGGCUAUUAA